AUGGCGCCACCUACGCAUCUCCAUGCCUAUUCGCUCCCAGCUGAACUUCUUGCUACUCUCGUCCCACGCGUACUUGGAGCUCAACCUACAACGAACGAUACGCAAGAGCCAGAGCUAGGCUCUAUACCGGAGGAGACAUCGGAGCAGCGAACUCGAGCUUGCAACGUCUGUCCCGGAGCAGCGUUCACAGACGUGAACGAGCAACGCGCGCACUAUCGGGCCGAUUGGCACAGAUAUAACGUCAAACUACGAUUGCAAGGCGGAACAACAGUAUCCGAAGCAGAUUUCGGCAAACUUGUGGACGGAUUGGAAGACUCGCUCUCCGGCUCGGCUUCCUCAGACACCCACUCCUCGGACUCCGACAGCGACGCUGUUCGCGAUCUACUCCAAAAGACCAAGAUCUCUCGCGAACGCGCACGUUCCGAAGACGAAGACGAUACGCCGCGGACACAACAGAGCCCUCUAGCCUGGUUUCACACACCCGGCCCUCCGCCCACACAGCUCGGCGUUUACCGCGUUCUCUUUCCACCCGACAGCACACCCCAAUCAUACCUCGACGAGCUCAAAGCUCUCCAAACGCCCGUGGAGAGGAAAUGGGCGAUGUUCAUGACUGCGGGAGGUCAUUUUGCCGGUGCUAUCGUGCGCGUGAGCAAUGGCGACGAGGAGGAAGAGGAGGAGGAGACAAGGAGAAAGAAGAAUAAGCAGAAGAGGCCGAAACCGGAGACGGAGAUGUUGCUACAUAAGACUUUCCAUCGGUACACGACGAGGAGGAAGCAGGGUGGUAGUCAGGGACUUAAUGAUGCGGCGGGGAAGAAGGCGAUUUCGGCUGGUGCGAUGUUGAGGAGAUAUGGAGAGCAAGCUCUUCGCGAUGAUAUCCGUGGUUUGCUCACAGAGUGGGCCGAUGAGAUCGCGCAGUGCGAGCGCGUGUUCAUCCGCGCAAGCGUCUCAAACCGGCGCAUAUUCCUCGACUACGACGGCUCCGUGCUCUCCAAGACUGACAGCCGUUUGCGCACAUUCCCCUUCCCAACCCGUCGUCCAACACAAGCCGAACUCGCCCGCUGCCUCCUCGAACUCACUCGCGUCAAGAUCUCCCACUUGACAGAAGACGCUCUUCGAGCCCAAGACGAAGCAUACCUUGCAUCCCUCCCCAAACCCAAACCCGCACCGGCCGCACCGGCUCCAGCGAAGGAGAAAGAGAAGGUCAAGGUGCCCAAGCUCAGCCCUGAAGAGGAGGCGUUGCGCGCGAAGUGGGCUAGAGCUGUGGACAUGAUUGAGCGCGGCAAACUGGAUGCGCUGAAGGGGUUCUGGGAGAAGGAAGGUGCUGGGCUUGGUGGGCCUGAUGCGAGGAUUGUGAGUGGGGACGAGAAGGAGAAUGGAAGGACGUUACUGGCGUUCGCGACCAGGGAAGGACAGGUCGAGAUUGUCUCUUGGCUGCUCGAGGAGGCGGGCGCAGAUCCAACUGUGCCUGUCGUCAGCCCACAGAAACCGGCCGGUGAUGAUGCGGCGGCACCCGUGGGGAAGUUGAGAACAGCCUACGACGAGGCGAAUACGAAGGAGGUCCGGGACGCGUUCAGACGUGCAGCUGGGAAAGACCCAGAACGGUGGGACUGGCUUGGUGCGGGUCAUGUACCGAGUGCGUUUAAUCAGGCGAAGGAGGACGAGAAAGAGGCGAAGCAGAAGGCCAGGCGUAAAGGGUUGCGGGAUAAGCUUCGCGAGCGUGAGGCUCAGAAGACACCCGAGCCUGAGCCUGUACCUGAGCCGCCGAAGUCGGAACCUGUGGGGGAUAGUGGGAGAGGGCCGAGGAAGCUGGGUGGCGCGAGUGGUGGUGAGGCGGGGUUGACGGGGUUGACGCCGGAGAUGAGGUUGAAGGUUGAGAGGGAACGAAGGGCGAGGGCUGUUGAGGCGAGGAUGAAGGCCAUGAGCGGAAAGUAG